GUUAACAUAAAGGUUUAAUCCUUGAAUCCAGUGUCGUCCUGCGUUUUCAAUGUACAGAGUUGAUGACAGUAUUGACCGUCCAUGAGCUGUAAUGUAUCUCAGUGGAAAUCUAUGGAGGCCAUUGGCAAGUUCAGAGGACCCACAAUUCUGCGUAACUCCAGAGAGAACGUACGUUAACGUGCUCUAGAAGCGUUAUGACAGUACCACACCCAGCGUCCCUCAGCUGCCAGGGGUCUGGAGGCCUCGGAGGGCCGGCUGCACAUCCCCGCAGUAUGAUCACAUUCAUCCGCGUCCCACGCAGACAGGGAGAGCCGAGCGCGCGCUCGUUCUCUGGGAGCCAACCAGCUUGAGCGCGAGCUCUCGCGGAAGCGUCACGUGAGGGGCUGGAUGCCUCGCUUGAGCCCACUCCACCCCCCGCCGGAGGCAACUCGGUGGUCUGAGCCCAGUUUAGGUGACAACAGUCGCAAAGCGGUGGGGAAGGUGCCAUUAAUCUGUGCGCUGGCGGGUGUAUAGGCUACCGGGCGGAAGUGGCCCCGCUGCGUUCACUGGAUCCCGGGGAAGGCGCACACUAACCUAUCGCCUUGCACUUCCGCCAGCAACCCAGUGUGAGCGCGGAGGUAUGUCUGCAGCUCCAAGUUCCCUCGGCCCAGUGACAGGAGGCGGCGAGGCGACACUGGCAGCCUGUAGUCCACCCCUGUUGUCCAGAGUGUCUGAGCUGUUCCCCUCUUUGUCGCCGCUCCCUCUCAUGUCCGGGAUACUGGGCCCAGUAGAUGAGGCAGAUUCCGUGGACGGACCGGAGUAUGAAGAGGAGGAGGUGGAGAUCCCACUCAGUGCGCCACCGACCAACCAGUGGUACCAUGGAAAACUGGAUAGAACUAUUGCAGAGGAUCGCCUUUAUCAAGCUGGCAGGACUGGAAGCUAUCUGAUUAGAGAAAGUGAUCGAAGACCAGGCUCAUUUGUACUUUCCUUUCUUAGUAAAACAAACGUUGUUACACACUUUAGGAUAAUUGCUAUGUGUGGUGACUUCUAUAUUGGUGGAAGAAGAUUUUCAUCACUAUCAGACCUUAUCGGAUACUAUAGUCAUGUAUCAUGUUUGCUGAAAGAAGAAAAGUUACUGUUUCCUGUUGCCCCACCAGAACCUGUUGAAGACAGGCGGAGAGUACGAGCAAUCCUUCCUUACACUAAAGUGCCAGAUACAGAUGAAAUCAGUUUCUUAAAAGGAGACAUGUUUAUAGUCCAUAAUGAAUUAGAAGAUGGAUGGUUGUGGGUUACUAAUCUACGGACUAAUGAGCAGGGACUUAUAGUUGAAGACUUGGUGAAAGAAGUGGGGAGGGAAGAAGAUCCGCAUGAAGGCAAAAUAUGGUUCCAUGGAAAAAUCACCAAGCAAGAGGGUUAUAAUCUUCUUAUGACAGUUGGCGGAAUAAGCAGCUUUCUAGUGAGGCCAUCGGACAACACACCUGGUGAUUACUCACUGUAUUUCCGUACCAAUGAAAAUAUACAGAGGUUUAAAAUAUGUCCAACAGCAAACAAUCAGUUCAUGAUGGGAGGUCGGUACUAUAACAGCAUUGAUGACAUUAUAGAUCAUUAUCGAAAAGAACAAAUUGUUGAAGGUUAUUAUCUUAAGCAGCCUGUUCCAGUGCAGCAUCAAGAACAAGUGUUGAAUGAUUUUCUGGAUGGCAAAGAAAUCUACAAUACAAUCAAACGAAGAACAAAGGAUGCAUUUUAUAAAAAUAUAGUCAAAAAAGGCUAUCUACUAAAGAAGAGCAAAGGAAAAAGAUGGAAAAACUUGUAUUUUAUCCUAGAGGGCAAUGAUGCUCAGCUUAUUUUUUUUGAAAGUGAAAAGCGUGCCACAAAGCCCAAAGGAUUGUUUGAUUUGAGUGUCUGUUCUGUCUAUAUAGUUCACGACAGCCUGUUUGGCAGGCCAAACUGUUUUCAGAUUGUUGUUAAGCACUUUAGUGAAGAGCAUUACAUAUUUUAUUUUGCUUGCGAGACUCCAGAACAAGCUGAAGACUGGAUGAGAAGUCUUCAGGCAUUCUGCUGUUUACGGAAAAUAACGCAGUCCCCAUCAAAUAAGCGUCUGCGCCAGGUCAGCAGCCUUAAUUUGCAUGUUGAAGAAGCUCAUAAGCUCCCAAUGAAACAUUUUACUAGUCCCUAUUGUAAUAUCCACCUUAACAGUGUGCAGGUAGCAAAAACACAUGCCCGGGAAGGUCAAAAUCCUGUUUGGUCGGAAGAGUUUUUCUUUGAUGACCUGUCACCAGAUAUCAACAGAUUUGAGAUCAUUUUAAGCAACAAGACAAAGAAAAGCAAAGACCCUGACAUAUUGUUUAUGCGCUGUCAGCUAAGUCGUUUGCAGAAAGGACACACAACAGAUGAAUGGUUCCAGCUUAGUUCCCAUAUACCUCUAAAAGGUAUAGAGCCAGGAUCCCUGCGUGUCCGGGUACGGUACUCAAUGGAGAAAAUUAUGCCCGAGGAAGAGUACAGUGAGUUUAAAGAGUUAAUUUUACAAAAAGAAUUACAUGUCGUCAACGCAUUAUCACACGUGUGUGGACAGGACCGAACACUAUUGGCCAGCAUUUUAUUACGGAUUUUUUUGCAUGAAAAAAUGGAAUCCUUACUUUUGCGAACACUAAAUGACAGAGAGAUUGGUAUGGAAGAUGAGGCUACCACACUCUUCCGCGCAACAACAUUGGCAAGCACACUUAUGGAACAAUAUAUGAAAGCCACCGCUACGCCAUUUGUUCAUCAUGCCCUAAAAGACCCAAUUUUAAAGAUUCUGGAGAGCAAGCAGUCGUGUGAGUUAAACCCCUCAAAGUUGGAAAAAAAUGAAGAUGUAAACGCUAAUUUGCAACACCUAUUGAACCUUCUUUCCGAGCUAGUAGAGAAAAUCUUUAUGGCAGCGGAAAUACUCCCUCCGACACUGAGAUACAUCUAUGGGUGCUUACAGAAAUCUGUACAACAAAAGUGGCCUUCUAAUGCUACAAUGAGAACAAGGGUUGUUAGUGGCUUUGUUUUUCUGCGAUUAAUCUGUCCAGCUAUCCUUAAUCCAAGGAUGUUUAAUAUCAUAUCUGAUUCUCCUUCUCCAACUGCUGCAAGAACAUUGACGCUGGUCGCCAAAUCUCUGCAGAACUUAGCCAACUUGGUUGAGUUUGGAGCUAAAGCACGGGAGGGACAAGCUGCUGCUGUGCCACAAAGCUGCGUUUUUUCUUCCGGAGCUGAGCCCUACAUGGAAGGAGUGAAUCCGUUUAUUAAGCAAAACAAGGAGCGCAUGAUCAUGUUUUUAGAUGAACUUGGCAAUGUGCCUGAACUCCCGGAAACUACUGAACAUUCUAGAACUGACCUGUCCCGCAAUUUGGCAGCUUUGCAUGAAAUGUGUGUGGCCCACUCUGACGAACUUAGAACCAUUAGCAAUGAGCGAGGGGCCCAACAGCAUGUUCUAAAGAAACUUCUGGCAAUUACAGAGCUUCUUCAGCAGAAACAAAACCAGUAUUGUGUAUGUAACAACAGCAGGUAGCGGCUGCAGCUCUUGGAUACAGCACACGUACACCUGGAGUAACUUCCUUCUGCUCUUUCCAAAAAUUGCAAAUACUAUAGGCAGAUCUUCAGCGAUGUGUUGGACUGUGCGCCAGAGAUCCUUCUGCUGCUGAAUAGCUGUCGGCAGAUUGUUCAGCUUUCUGUGCAACCCGAUUGCACUCUCCACCCUUUCAACUGACGACCCCCGACUCUGAGCCUUCGUCUGCUAAAUCGUCUUUCAAGAUGAACGAUCUGAUCGCACAUUCCCUUGUAUUACGCCAAAGCCAGUCCAAAACCUGCCCACGUAGUCGCCUGCUUCAGGGGCGGUCGUUUCUAACUGGAUUACAAACUAUUUUUAUACCAUUCUUUCUAACUGGUUUCUUUUACGACUCUUCAGACGCCAUGAUUUAUACAUUACUCUUAAACUGACAAAGAACAAAAUGUUUUUGUUUUUUUUUAUACCUUGUUUGUCUUUUCUGGGAUCAUAUUACGUUUAUGGAAAACAAGUUUAUUAUAUUUGUGCCACGUUGUUAUGGUAACAUUUCUCCAAAAAAAAAAAAACCUAACCAGGAAAAAAAAAUGUAAAAGCUUUUUUGUAAAAAUGUUUACACCGGUAAAUAAUUUGAUUUGAAAAUAAAUUUAUUAAUGAAUGUCUCUCCUGUGCAUGUAUUAAACAUUUUGUUAUA